AUUUCCGAAUGUUGACAAUUUGAUGAACGAUGAAGAUAAAAACAAGUAAAUAUUUGGUACAAAUGUUAUGUUUAUGUAUCUGUGGCAUAAAAACCUCAGUUUGUAAGAGGACAAAUCGAUUGCAUUAAUAUUACUAGAUAAAAUUGUGUAAACUUUCACAGUGAUGAGUAGUCUUGGUCCAUGGAUAAACAAUGCAUAAACAAGAUAUAUUUUAUCAGCCCCCUGCUCCAGCCAGCCUGAGCAAAGACAAAGUGAGCAUUUGGAAUGCUUGGUGCUGUAAAGGGGACAAAGAAGUAUCUCGAGAAGCUGCUACCAAAGGUGCAAAGCAUGUAGAACUUGUUACACAGUUUUUAUCUGCUAGGAGGAGAAUAACAUCUGAUGAGGCUAAUUCUCUAUUAAAAAAUGAGGUGCUGGCUUGGGUGAAGGAGCUACUAGAUCGAAAGCAGAUUUUCAGAAUCUCACAUAUUCUCAAUAAUAUUGGCAUCGAUCCGAACACCGAACUACAAAACGUCUUUUAUACCACUGCAGACAGUGAACUCAGAGAAUACAUAGGCAAUCAUUUGAAAAAUUUAAAGAAAUUAGAUGAAAGAUUAUCGAACCUGUGGCAUUUCUUAGACCUUGUUUUAAAAAAUAAUGCUUUGGUUUCGAAGCAAAAACUGAGCAAAGAUAGUAUUGAGUGUCUAGAAAAUCAGGAUAGUGAAUGGAAGUCUGAGAUAGCUGCCAAGUUAUUUUUACGAACUUAUGAUACAGUUUUGGUAUAUUUUUUUAACGAGAAUGCUCUUUGGAAACAACUAAUAUUUUACAAUGAUGUAAAGCUGUUGAAAAUGUGGAUUCAAAUCAGGUAUAACAACAUUGAAGACAGUGGAGCUCCAGACAGCUUGAAGAAUGUGUUUGAAAGAUUUCCUAUCACAACAGAAAUGGUGAACCAGCUGAAUACCUCCGAAGCGUUUGCUAACACAAAAAAGACGAUUUUGAAUGGUCUGAGUUGUUAUGGAAUCUUUGCCGAUGAAGAUAAAAGUUGCCUCUUAAAAUUACUUCACAGAAUGAAUGAAGCCGGAAUUGUUCAAAAUACUUACGAAAUAAUUGAGAAACAAACAUCAAAUCUCGAUCAACACGUUUUUCUACAGCUGCUAGUAGAGUACUGUACGAAAAAUAAGCUUUUUCCAGUACUGAGUAGUUGUGUUGAAAGGCUUGAUAUUUCUGAAGAAAAUAAAGAUCUCUGUGAAGAUAUUUCUUUAAUAUAUUCUCUAAGAAAGUUGAAUUUCUCAGAUAGAAUGAUAUUACGUGAUAAUAUUUUUUAUGUUGCUAAAUUUUUAUCAAACGAUUUAAAUAAUUAUUUCAAAGAAAAUCCUUUAAUUCUGCUGUCUAUAAUUGUUUUUACUGAAGAUCUAGAUUUUGAAAAUUUAAUGCAGGCAUCAUCUCUCAGUCUUUUUGAUACAGACCUACUCCCUGCCUUAAAACAUUUGCUAGGAAACUUUAGAAUACUGAAAGCUAUCUAUGAAUAUAAAAAGGUAUUGAUAGAGAGCAAUGUCACUUAUUUUGACCUACUAGAGAAACAUACGGGUGUUGACACAAAAAGCUUAUUUCACGCAGUUCCAAUGCCCAAUUUCACUACAUCAGAACUAGUAGAAUCAUAUGGUUACCAGAAGAAAAUCAAUUAUCUCUUUUAUGUGAGAGAACAAAGGCCAAGCAUAGCUGCCAAGUUGUUCUUACUAGAACAUUACAAAGAAUCAACUAUUCUUCCUGAAGAUACUGUUCGUUAUGUUCAAAAGAAGAUAUUUACCAUAGCCCUGAGAAACUUUAACAGCUAUGAGAUUCCUUCCAGUUGUAUAUCCUUCUUAGAAAUGGUAGGAAUCAACUCCAACUUUUUGAGAGUAGCGGUAACAGCGGCACAUGUGUUAUACGAAUCGACAGGGAACUUUGAUUAUGUUUUGAAGUUGUUUCUGAACAUUGAGAAAGAUGCCCACAGUAUUUUGAACAGUUUAGAAGAAUGUAUCUUAGAAAAAAUUAACUUUGAGUUUACCAAUGGCGCAGCUUUUGUCGAUGCUAUUAAAACCUAUAACAUAGUAGUGAAAUUCGCGACCUGCUACAACCUCAAACUACCCGAAAUGUUCCUGACAGCAUGCGCAAGCAACAACUGGUGGCUUUCUUUCCUGACAUUCGCCCAGCUGAAUAAUUAUCCCAUAGAGCAGAUAAAACUGGCUGUUCAAUCCUUCAGAAAUGCGAAUUUACUGGAACACGUGAGCCACAGCGUAAUGCACGACAUCCACGUUGACGAUCAGAGCAUUCUGAUGCGCGAGAGAGACUCGAGAAAAUACCUUUUGUCUAAGAUAGGCUUGAGGAAGAGUAUAGACAGCCUGAAUCAGAGCGAGUCGUACUCCGGUGUUACAUCGCAUUCGAGUCAUGGCAGCACAAAUUCAAGUUCUGCGGGUUCGGAUUUGUUGGAAAUUGACAUUUCGAACACAAAAGCGACGUUGCUGCAAACGCUGAUCAGGUGUCACAACAGCACAGAUCCGCCAAGAGCGCUGUUGCAGGCUUGCCAGUUAUACAAGAAUCCAUUGCUGGCAGUUUUUGCUACCAGCUAUGAGCCUGAUUCGGUGGUGACAAACUGGCUUACUUGGCUAGCAGUUUCCUCGGAUUUAUGUGAAGCUUUCACUAACUACGAGACCGUUGCAUUUUGUUCACAUUCUGUGAUGACGUUACUCAAUAAUUGUAUGAAGCAUCAAUUCCCAAAGACCAUACUCGAAAGCUUCGAAAUAUUCCUUCCGACAAACGGCCUGACUAAUUUUUUGCAAUUUCUCAACAUGUGCAUCAAAGAAGAAUACGAUAUACCCCCUCUAACCUCCAAACUAGAAGCAUUCAAAUCAUCUUUGGAUAAGUGCAGGCGCUCCAGUGUUUUUAACGAAAACGAUCGUGAAAUGACAUACUUGAGCAACAAAGUUUGGUUAGAACAAACGGCGCUGUUACUACUUUCAUCUGCGAUAGAAUACAACGUGUAUUCUCUUUACGAGCAAAUCGGAAUGUUGAAGCUUUUGGAGGAAAUAAAAAUAGGAUCGUACCUAAAAUGCCCUGAUAUCACCAACCUGGUCAAAAUGCUGCAGAUUGUCCUGGAUACAAAAUUGGCAGUUAAGUUUGAUAUUCCACUGUAUUUCAAGAAGAACGGGAGACAGGCUGUCAUAGACUGUAUAUCGAUGCUUUUAGAUAAAGAGCUAUUUGAACAUGCCUUGAAGAUAGCGGAAAUAGAAGGUCUACCGAAAGAUCUUAUAAUAGUGCGUGAAUGGCACUACAAUUACCAGAAUCAAAGAAAUAAUCCUAAUCUUUGGACUGAUGCCGAUAGUGAAUUUUCAAAACAUAGCAUCACUGCAGAUUGCGUGGUAGAGUUUUAUUUGGAAUAUUCUGAUAAAUCGAAUGAUAAUGCUGAAAGGUAUCAGAUUUUGAAGCUAGCAUACAACUGGGCAAAAAAGUUCGAGCUUUCUAAUGAGUAUGAGUUGGAGUGUGAAAAAUGGCUGGCCUACGUUCUGAUUUUUGACAAGAAGGAAAUAGACACUGAUGAGAUUGAAGACAGCUUUCCUGUGAAUGUCACCUACAAGGAGAUGGUAGAAAAGCUGGAAAAAGUGCCGAAACAUGACGAAUCUCUACCUACAGAUCAAGCGAACAUUAUCAAAACAUUGAUUAACACCAGUUUGAAUAGGGGAAAUUUUUGGCUAGCACUGAAGUUGGAGAAAAUGUUCAGAAGUUCAAAUACAGACCUGGACAUUCUGAAGCUGUGUUACAGCCUAGCUGAACAUUUAGUGUCUCCAUAUCAGCUGAAUACCGAACAAAGGCUUUUACUCACUAAGGGAUCUCAAUACAGAAGGUUGAGUAACAGGAGAAACUUACUAUCUUCUAGGACUUCGACAGCUAGUUUGAAUUCUCACUCCUUUACGAAUCUUUCAACUUAUAAUCAAGCAGAUUACGUGGAUGCUCCAGUAGAAGACACCUUAUCAAUCCUGUCAACGCUGUCAGAGCAACUGACUAACGGUUUAGGUCUAGCCUCUAGGGUAUAUAUGACGUACAGGAUCAGUAUCAACAUCGAGAUUCCCUACCAUUUGGUAGUAGCGAAUACGGAUUCGUUGAAGAUGCUGAAAGACGCCCUAGAAGAUGACUGCAAUAAUAAGUUGGAAGUUGUGCAUGAUUUUAUUCACGUGUACAGGUGGCGCAAGGAACAAAUUUCAGACUUUAUCUGCGAGGAAAUCAUCAAUUCGGCUAACGCAUACGUAAGAUCCAAAACCGAGCAAUACCUAAUGUGGGACGUAAAAAUGGAUGAAAACUUCCAUCUGGUGCUCCAACUGCUUCAAGAUAACUGCUCGAUACUUGGCUACAAAAUUUACACGUACGCGAGCACGAUGCACAAGGUGCAAGUGUUAGCCAACCUGGACUUCAAAAUCAGCGAAAUCGCGCUCGUGAUCGAGCUGCUAAUCGUGGCUCACAAUUGUUUUACCGCCGAUUGCAAUAUGGAAGGCAUCACCAUCAUUCUGAAGAAGUGUCAGAAGGUCAUUGCACAUCUGCUGACGCUAAGGAGUUGGAAGCUGAUAGUUAGGCUGUUAACAGGUGUGGGCAGAUAUACGGAAAUGAAUUACGUUUUCCAAAUUCUUCGAGAAAAUGACCAAUUCGAAUUUCUCCUAAGGAAAGGUUCCAGAAAAGACAGUGCCCUGAAAACAGCACUGUUAGAAUACCUGAAGAAGUACUGCCCCGAUAAUAGGGAUCUAUACAAAAUCGUGGCGCUACACUUCACCCUGUUUUCGGAAGUAGCGUUAUUGUGGGAAAGGGAGGCGCAAAGUGUCAUCAGGAAUUUAAUCGCUAUUUCGAAAUUAGAGAUGCAGAAUAAUAAGCUGAAUCCUGACAUUGAGCCAUACAUUUUGUUUACAAAUACGGACGGCACGAAAAUAUGCCUGAAUAAGGCUAUGGAGAACUACAUCCAUGCUACCGAGUUUCAUCUACAAGGCGAAAAACUGGCUAAAGCAAUGCAUUCUGCUAAGCAAGCUGAACUGAUUGCACUUCAAGUGUCUUAUUGAAAGGGUUAACAUCCAGUGGAACAGCCAUCUGCUUAUUGAACCUGAAUCAGACGCAGAUUUGCAGUUUGAUUUCCGGAAACUUAAGUUUCGAACAGAGUCUCAUCCUGGUCCAAUCAUACAACUAUCAACCGGACUGGAGUUCAGUUCUGUUCGACCAGUGCAUCCUCAGAUCAAAUCUUGCUUACUUGGAAUCUUUCAUGAAGCAAGAACCGCUUACAGAAAACAUCGUCCAUGAUAUAUCAAGGAAAUUUGUUGCUGCGAACAUCAACAGUUCCACAGAAAUAGAAAGCAUGAAAGUGAUACUUGAUAAGUUGUGUUCUGUACACACGAAAUAUAGGUUAGCUAGCGAGUUGGGUUUUACUGAUGUUGUUGAGGAUUUGAUUCAAAGUGGACAGUUGGCGUAUUUGAAAGAUACCGUCUGGAAGAAGGGUUACAAAACUUGAGGAAUGCGUUUUUCUUUAUACAGUGUGAGUCUUCAUAAAGUGCACAUAUCAAAAUCAGGGAAACUACACUCUAUUUCAUCGAC